AUGCGAAAGGUACUACCCGAAAUUCUCCAAAGGACACUCGAUCAACGCGGGCGAUUACAAGAUCACGUCACCCGGGGAAAGUUGGCGGAGCCCUUCAUUGUCACACACUUUUUAGUCAACUCCUGGAAGGACCACUCAAUUCCAACCAAUCUGGAACAGAUCAUAGCCCUCUUGAAGUGCGUCACCAGGGCUCCAUUGGAAAAUCCUAUCACGGUGCACUGCUCGGCGGGGAUUGGCCGCACUUCAGCCUUCGUCGCCGUUGACUACGCCAACCAAGCAAUUAUGGCCAAUCCCGACUUCACGAUGGUCCAGCUGCUCAAGGAGUUGCGCAAGAUGAGAUUUCAUGCAGUGCAGGGCGGCGGUCAAUAUUUCUACAUUCAUGCGGGCCUGAUUGAAUUGUGGGUGAGCGGGGGAAUCAUCAAUAGGGAUCAUUGCAAGAGUUUCCUGGGCGGCUACAAGAAAAUUUGUGAAAUCCUCAACAAGAAAGUCAGCGAAACCCCA